GCGAUUCAGUUCAGUUGUUCCGUGUCCGUACUAGCACUCGCACGCACCUCGCCUCCUCAAGAACUUUUCGUAACUUUAGUCAUGGCUCUUCGCUAUGUGUUUGCCGUAUUGGCACUGGCAGGUGCCACGUUCGCGGGCUCGGAGGUCACCGAACUUAAGGUCGAGAAUGUCUACGUGCCGGAGGGCUGCACCACGAAGUCUAAGAACGGCGAUAUGUUGACGAUGCACUACACCGGCACUCUUGACGACGGCCACAAGUUUGACUCCAGCUUGGACCGGGACCAACCCUUCACCUUCCAGAUUGGCGUCGGACAAGUAAUCAAAGGGUGGGACCAGGGUCUGCUCGACAUGUGUGUCGGUGAGAAGCGUAAGCUGACCAUUCCGUCCCACCUCGGCUACGGCGAGCGCGGAGCCGGCAACGUCAUCCCCGCCCACGCCACCCUGCACUUCGAGGUCGAGCUCAUCAACAUCGGGGACUCGCCCCCGACCACUAACGUCUUCAAGGAGAUUGACGCCGACAAGGACGCGCAGCUCAGCCGCGAAGAAGUGAGUAUCCAGUUAGCGUUCCAAGCCAUGGACACAGACGGCGAUCAGGAGCUGUCGAGAGAGGAGGUGAGCGAAUAUCUGAAAAAGCAGAUGACCGCCAGUGAAGGCGCCGAAAUGAGCGACGACAUCAAGAACAUGCUCGAAAGCCACGACAAGCUCGUCGAGGAGAUCUUCCAGCAUGAGGACAAGGACAAGAACGGCUUCAUCAGCCACGAGGAGUUCUCCGGACCCAAGCACGACGAACUCUAAACCAGUGCAUUAGUAGAACCACUUAAAAGUUACACCGACUAUCCUAAUGCAUUAAACAACCUGAAAAAUUAUGCAGCUGAACCAAACGAAAAAAAAGAACAUUAAAAUAUUAUCGUAACGUGAGUGCCAAAUAAUUCGGACCUAUUUUUUGUAAUAGUGUAACUUACAAAAGUGGUAAUAUAACUGUACAGGUUUUGCACGGAGUAGGUAAAUCGACAACGAUAUAGACUGAGAAAUAUCAUAUACCGGCAACGAGAAUCUUUUAUGUGACAUGCAUAUUCGUAGACGAUUUGUAUUCGCAAACGUAAUAGGAAUCGAUUCGAGCUGUUGUCUGGCUGUUGAUGGUUUAUGGACCAGAGCACUAUUGGGAUGGCUCAUUGCGUUUUAUAGCGAACAAGGUAUAUAUAUAUACUUUUGUGUGAUGAGUGCUUAUUCAAUUAGUGUAUCAAAAUUAAAUCUAGGUAAUCCUACUAUGUACCUUACCUUAGUCAGAUACAAGAAUAUUUACAUAUCAAGAAGUAAAAUUGCAUUUUGUCGGUUUCUAAUCCGUGCUUAUAGGUAGACUCCAUAGCUCUCCGCUGAACAUUCAGUAUCUGUAUAUACUAAUACAUAUAUUAAUUAUAUUAUUCUACAUUCCUAAGCUGGGACGUUAAUAUUUUUAUAUAUUUUAUAUUUUGCCUUAUAAUUUUAGCAUUGGCUAACUUCUUAUCUGACAAAAAGGUGUUCGCUCUAUAAAAUACUCUCCUUUGACGAAUACUGUAUGAGAAUAGAUAAAGCUCUAUACACAAUAAUUUAAAAAAUAACAAUGUUACUUUUUUUGUAUAAAGUAUUUAUACAUGAUGUAAUUGUAAAAAUCUUGUUCUUCUCAUUAUCUGUCCCUUCAAAGGCGACGAUGAGCGAUGUACGUGAGUCAUUUUGUAGUUUGUUAAAUCAUUUUGUACUUAGUUUGUUGUUAGAAUGUCGAAUUUGUUGUAAUAAUGUUAAGGGUACAUUUAUGACGAGUCAGUAAAAUAAAUUUAAUUUUUUCUAUUUUAUUUUUAAGUACUGAUGUUUUUAUUUCAUUAUCUGCAUUCAAAAUUAUGGCGUUGUUUUAUUGAUAACGUCUGUGACAAUUAUAUUUAAUAAAUGUCUAUAUAGCAAUUUAGUCUGCAAUUUGCGUGAUGAAAUUCAUGUCAUAUAUCUUGUGUCUGUAAAUGUUUCCACCUUUAUAAUGUAACAGUAUCAAAACUGUACAAUUGUUAGUUCCUGUCACAACUGCUACCAGUACUUAAACAAAUUGAAUGUUUUCCGCUGUUGAAUUAAUUAAUAAAACAUAUUUAUAACAAA